AAAUGGAGACGUCGAAUCAAAAAAUGGGCGCUUUCCCCACAAUCCUUUGCGGCACCUCAAGAUGGUGGCGCCCAGUGGUACCAUGAGCGAUUCCGAGAGCAGCAGCAGUAGUAACAGCGAUGCCGAGGAGCUGGCGCGGUGCCGGGAGGCGGCGAUGCCCGCCUGGGGGCUGGAGCAGCGCCCGCAGGGAGCAGAGAAGCCCAGAUCCGAUGCUGCAGGUAAACAAGCUCCCGCGCCAUCCCAGCGAAGCCUCAGGCGUGAGGUGAACCAGCACGAUGAAGAUGGCAAUGAGCUUCAGACCACUCCUGAGUUCCGAGCCCAUGUGGCCAAAAAGCUGGGGGCCAUGCUGGACAGCUCCAUCGCCAUCUCAGAAGUGUGGAAGAAGCCACGCAAGGCGGAGGUGCGGCAGGUAGCAGAGGAGGACGAUGGCUUCCGCCUUUUCUUCACAUCUAUCCCUGGAGGCCACGAGAAGGAAGCUUCUCCGAAACCCUGCCAAAAGCGACAGCCUCCCAGCUCCAGCGAAGACAGUGACGAGGAGUGGCAGCGGUGCCGAGAGGCAGCUGUGUCCGCUUCGGAUGUUCUCCAGGAGUCAGCCAUACACCAUCCUGCCGAGGUGCAGAAGGAGGCAGAGAAGAAGUUGAAAAAGAAAGCCAAGAAGGAGGCGGGCAUUGACUUGGCUGGAGCCACAGGCCUGAAACAGGUCAAGGAGGCAGGCAGCGUCAAUGGGGACCCAGCAUCGCUUGGGAUCAAAAAGAAGAAAAGGAGGAAAAAGGCCAAGAAAGCCAGGGAGACUUCUCUGUGCCCAGCCGCUGACGCCUGAAAACUGACUCCAGGCUGUAGGCGCCACGGCCACUGGCUCUUGAGAAUGAGGCACCCGUGGGGUCAAAGACAAGGCCAAGCCAUACUUCCUCCAGGUUCCAGCACUGCUUCUGCUCACUGGUGACCUGGUAACUUCAGUGUGUGGAGAAGCCUGAGCAGGGCUGGAUGGAAAGGCGCAGAGCUGUGUGUGUGUGUGUGUGUGUGUGUGUGUGUGUGUGUGUGUGUGUGUGUGUGUGUCUCACACCUGCCCAGCCUGGUGUGACAAGUGAUCUUUAAGGAUGAGGGGGAGGGCUCUCUAAGCUACUGAGGCCCAGAAAAACUUCUGUACCUCUCCCCCAGCCCACACAGACUUAACGUUGUCUAGAAAAGAAAGGUAUUCUCUCCCUUCUUUUCCCCCCAGAAUUUUCUUACUCCAAAUUGUUAAUAUACUAUCCAUAAUAA